UUUCCUUGUGUUUGUGGAUUCCCUGGGUAGCCUGUUUGCUUCCCUCUGGGCUAUCAGCUGCUUUGGAGAUUAGUUUCAUAGUAAAGAUUCUUUGUGUAGAGCAGUAUGAAGCGACUACUUUCCCAGGGGCACCAGCCCCUUUGCUCGUACCCUGUCAGAAGCCAACAUGUCCCUGAAAAAUGAGCCAAGAGUAAAUACCUCCACACUGCAGAAAAUCGCUGCUGACAUGAGUAAUUUGAUAGAAAAUCUGGACACGCGGGAGCUGCACCUUGAGGGAGAAGAGGUGGAUUACGAUGUUUCCCCCAGCGAUCCCAAGAUACAGGAAGCGUGUAUUCCGUUCUCUGCUAUUUAUAAGACUCAAGGAUUUAAGGAGCCUAACAUACAGACGUAUCUUUCCGGCUGUCCAAUAAAAGCCCAAGUCCUGGAAGUGGAACGCUUUACAUCUACAACAAGGGUGCCAAGUAUCAAUCUUUACACUAUUGAAUUAACACAUGGGGAAUUUAAGUGGCAAGUUAAGAGGAAAUUCAAACACUUUCAAGAAUUUCACAGAGAGCUGCUCAAGUACAAAGCUUUUAUCCGAAUCCCCAUUCCCACCAGAAGGCACACGUUUAGAAGACAGAACGUCAAAGAAGAGCCUCGAGAGAUGCCAAGUUUGCCCCGUUCCUCUGAAAACAUGAUCAGAGAAGAACAGUUCUUUGGCAGAAGGAAACAACUAGAAGAUUAUUUGACAAAGCUACUAAAAAUGCCCAUGUAUAGAAACUACCAUGCGACAACAGAAUUCCUUGACAUAAGCCAGCUGUCUUUCAUCCAUGAUUUGGGACCAAAGGGCAUAGAAGGUAUGAUAAUGAAAAGAUCCGGGGGACACAGAAUACCGGGCUUGAAUUGCUGUGGUCAAGGAAGAGCCUGCUACCGCUGGUCCAAAAGGUGGUUGAUAGUGAAAGAUUCAUUUUUGCUAUAUAUGAAACCGGACAGUGGUGCCAUUGCCUUUGUCCUGCUGGUCGAUAAAGAAUUCAAAAUUAAGGUGGGGAAGAAGGAAACAGAGACCAAAUAUGGGCUCCGAAUUGAUAAUCUUUCAAGGACACUUAUUUUAAAAUGCAACAGCUAUAGACAUGCUCGGUGGUGGGGAGGAGCUAUAGAAGAAUUCAUCCAGAAACACGGCACCAACUUUCUCAAAGAUCAUCGAUUUGGGUCAUACGCUGCUAUCCAAGAGAAUACUUUAGCUAAAUGGUACGUUAAUGCCAAAGGGUAUUUUGAAGAUGUGGCAAAUGCUAUGGAAGAGGCAGAAGAAGAGAUUUUUAUCACGGAUUGGUGGUUGAGUCCAGAAAUCUUCCUGAAACGCCCGGUGGUUGAAGGAAAUCGUUGGAGGUUGGACUGCAUUCUCAAACGAAAAGCACAACAGGGAGUGAGAAUCUUUGUGAUGCUUUACAAAGAGGUGGAGCUUGCUCUUGGGAUCAACAGUGAAUACAGCAAGAGGACUUUGAUGCGUCUACACCCCAAUAUUAAGGUGAUGAGACACCCAGAUCAUGUGUCAUCCAGUGUAUAUCUGUGGGCUCAUCAUGAGAAACUUGUUGUUAUUGACCAGUCAUUGGCCUUUGUGGGUGGGAUCGACCUGGCCUAUGGCAGAUGGGAUGACAAUGAGCAUAGGCUCACAGACGUGGGCAGUGUGAAGCGUGUCACUGUAGGACCAUCUCUGGGUUCCUUCACAGCUGAAACAACAGAGUCCAUGGAAUCCUUGAGCCUCAAAGAUAAAAAUGAAUCUAGUAAAAAUCCACCCACCCUAAAGAGUGUUGAUGAUAUGGAUUCAAAACUGAAAGGAAUAGGAAAGUCCAGAAAGUUCUCUAAAUUUAGCCUCUACAGGCAGUUGUACAAGCACCACAUGCACAACGCGGACAGCAUCAGCAGCGUUGACAGCGCCUCCAGUUAUUGUAAUCACUGUAGAAGUCGUCAGAAUUUAAUCCAUGGUUUAAAACCCCACCUGAAACUCUUUCGCUCUUCCAGUAAGUCUGAGCAGGGGCUCGCUAGACCUGACGUGGAUACCAGCUCCAUCCGCAGUUUGCAGACAGGCAUGGGAGAGCUGCACGGGGAAACCAGGUUCUGGCAUGGAAAGGACUACUGCAAUUUUGUCUUCAAAGACUGGGUUCAACUGGAUAAACCUUUUGCUGAUUUCAUUGACAGAUACUCCACGCCCCGGAUGCCUUGGCAUGACAUUGGCUCUGCAGUCCAUGGGAAGGCGGCUCGGGACGUGGCCCGUCACUUCAUCCAGCGCUGGAACUUCACGAAGAUUAUGAAGUCAAAAUAUCGGUCCCUUUCUUACCCUUUCCUGCUUCCCAAAUCUCAAACAACAGCCCAUGAGUUGAAAUACCAAGUGCCUGCGUCCGUCCAUGCCAAUGUACAGUUGCUGCGCUCUGCUGCUGAUUGGUCGGCCGGAAUAAAGUACCACGAAGAGUCCAUCCACGCUGCCUACCUCCACGUGAUAGAGAACAGCAAGCACUAUAUCUAUAUAGAAAACCAGUUUUUCAUAAGUUGUGCUGAUGACAAAGUUGUGUUCAACAAGAUUGGUGAUGCCAUUGCACAGAGGAUACUGAAAGCUCACAGGGAAAGCCAGAGAUACCGGGUGUAUGUGGUGAUACCGCUGCUGCCAGGAUUUGAAGGCGACAUCUCCACGGGAGGAGGAAACGCCCUGCAGGCAAUCAUGCACUUCAACUACAGGACCAUGUGCAGAGGAGAAAAUUCCAUCCUUGGCCAGCUAAAAGCAAAGCUUGGCAAUCAGUGGAUAAAUUACAUAUCAUUCUGUGGCCUUAGAACACAUGCAGAGCUUGAAGGCAACCUCGUCACUGAGCUCAUCUAUGUCCAUAGCAAGUUGCUAAUUGCUGAUGACAACACCGUUAUUAUUGGCUCUGCCAACAUAAAUGACCGAAGCAUGCUGGGGAAGCGUGACAGUGAAAUGGCUGUCAUCGUGCAGGACACAGAGACAGUCCCUUCGGUGAUGGAUGGAGAAGAGUACCAGGCUGGCCGCUUCGCCCAGGGACUUCGGCUGCAAUGCUUCAGGGUUGUCCUUGGCUAUCUUUCUGAACCAAGUGAAAACAUUCAGGAUCCAGUGAGUGACAAAUUCUUCAAGGAGGUGUGGGUUGCAACAGCAGCUCGAAAUGCUACAAUUUAUGAUAAGGUGUUCCGGUGCCUUCCCAAUGAUGAAGUACACAAUUUAAUUCAAUUGAGAGACUUUAUAACCAAGCCCGUCUUAGCAAGGGAAGAUCCCAUUAGAGCUGAGGAAGAACUGAAAAAGAUCCGUGGGUUCUUAGUGCAAUUCCCCUUUUAUUUCCUGUCUGAAGAAAGCCUCCUGCCUUCUGUUGGAACCAAAGAAGCCAUAGUGCCCACAGAGGUUUGGACUUAAGGGAGAUAUUCAUUUGCAGCUCAAGGACUUCCACCUUGAAAAAUACACUGCACACUGUGCCUUUAGGGAGAUCCUCACAGCCGCAGCCAGCCUGGUAUACCCUGGGAUCUGCCCCAGGGACCCUCUGGAUUGGCUGGACAGGGCUGCGGUCCUACUGAUCAAAGGACGCUGAACAUCAGGUGGGCUUUCUAACUCCUCCUGCUUAUCCUUGUGAAAAAGGGACUGUAUUCUUAUUGAUAGCAUAUGCUCAACAACAAAUUCCAUGGUGUACACCACAGUGCUCUUCCUUUUCUAACAAGAAUUUACCUGUGCCUGUGAUCUAGGUUGCCAGAAAUUGUUGAAACCUCCUUGUUCUUCUCUGCCCCCCAUUAUGCAGCGAUGACUGCUGGACCUGCCCUCACUUCCUAGUACAUACACACACAGUUUGAGACAUUGUUUAUUCCUAGAAGAUGUUGUGAUGCUGCUUCCAGGUUCUUCAAGGGGACAGGGGAAUGCCCCUGCCCAUCUGGUAGGAGUGUUCAGCCAGGCAAGGAUGGGGUCCUUAUCCCUUUUCAGUGACUGAAAGGACAUGGCAGACGUUAUGUACACAGCAGCCCACAUUAGGUUCUUCUGAUAAUAUUGACACUAUAGAUCUUAACACCACAGAACAAUAGGAAGGAAUUAAAUUUGGUUAUUGAGGCAGAGAUUUUACUUUGCCUUCAAAGGCAAUGACUAGAUACGGUCUUUUGAUAGGGCCCACCUGAUCAAAUCUGAAAACAGGUGUAGGAUAUUUCAUUCCACAGCAGCUGAUAAAACUCAGAGGCAGAGCACACAGCCUUCAGAAGCCUCCAAGGUAGCCAUGGGGAUCUGAUCCAGACAAGAAAAGAAGAUUCCUUAUAGUCCUGGAAAAUUUCCUAUCAUCUUUAGCUGCUGGAUUGAUUGAAAUUAGAGUUUCUCCAUUUGAAAAUUGCAAUUUGUCUUUUAAGAGAACCAGAUGCUUCAUAACUCAUACCAAAUUAGUAAGCAGAAGCCUAACCUUGACAUUUUGCUCUCCCAGCUUUGUUACCUUCUUAAAGAAAAAUUGAUUGCAAAAUACUUGCUACUUAACCUGUGUUAUUGUAUUAUUAAAUACGCAUUAACAUUCCACAAGGCUUCCAAAGAGGUUAGGAUCUGCAUUAAUUCACAUUGUCCUAGUCUACGAAUUUUUCUAGAAACCCAUUUUUCCUCUUUGAAUAGUAAUAUACCCUUUGGCACACCCUAGCUCUUAUGUUACUAAGCAGAAUUAUUCUUACAGCCUGAAGAUCUGAUGUGGGUUCCCAAAAGGCCUGUGCCCAUAAAACAUGAUGUAGGUGCAUUGAUCACACAUGAAUGGAUUACCAGGACAGAUCUCACUGGAGUCAUUCUUCAAAAGUGAGGAUCCAAUCCCUGUUUUCACGGAGCUAGGAAAAUGUUAAACAGGAGUACAAAGUCAGUAAUCUGGGUGAGUAGGAGAGAGUGUCACACUCAGGAGAGGAUUUCACAACUAGAGAACAUUUCACAAAUGAGGUGGGGCUGUGCUUUAUGAAUAAUUUCUCAGAUGGCUGGAGGUGGUAUAAAAUGACUUCAUUCUACAACAGCUGUAAAUAAGGCAUUUGCUAUUUAUGAAGUUUAGAUUGACAUUUAAAAUGAGUGGAUGUGGACUACCUAAGGAUUCCUUAUAGUUUACUUUUACAUAUUUUUUAAACUGUAUGACAGUCAAGACUGGUUUUUGAUUUUGUGCAAAAUGCUCUCAACACUAUGAAAAAUAAAAGCCUAAAAGUUCCCCUUCUCUUAAAAAA